AAAAGGGCAGUUAAUACAAAUUCAAAAUUAGAGAGAGACAGAGAGAGAAGAGAGAGGUUCCUCUUGCGCAUUUCCUCUCGUCCCUUUUCGUCUUCCAAUUGUUGAAUUUCAAACCCUAAAUCCUUCGUACCAGAGAGGAACGCAGGGAGGUACCCAUCUAUCCAUCUUUCUAUCUGUCUAUUAAUCUCUUGGGAUCAGAUCUUUGAUCUUGGAAAUCUCGGAUCGAUGGAGGCGAUCGAGGAGUUGUCUCAGCUGUCGGAGUCGAUGCGGCAAGCCGGGGCUCUUCUUGCCGACGAAGACGUUGACGAAAACCCCGGCUCUUCCUCCGGUUCUUCUAGAAGGGCCUCUACUUUCCUCAAUGUUGUAGCUCUUGGAAAUGUCGGUGCUGGUAAAUCUGCAGUCUUGAACAGUUUAAUUGGGCAUCCUGUUUUGCCGACUGGUGAAAACGGUGCCACUCGAGCUCCCAUAAGCAUCGAUUUGCAGAGGGAUGGUUCUUUGAGCAGCAAAUCGAUUAUUUUGCAGAUUGACAAUAAAUCUCAACAAGUUUCUGCAAGUGCUUUACGACAUUCUCUACAGGAUAGACUGAGUAAGGGUUCCUCAGGCAAGAGUCGAGAUGAAAUAUAUUUGAAGCUUCGCACAAGUACAGCACCUCCUUUGAAGUUGAUUGAUUUACCUGGGCUGGAUCAACGGAUCAUGGAUGACUCACUGGUUAGUGAAUACGCAGAGCACAACGAUGCCAUUCUACUAGUUAUAGUACCUGCCGCACAGGCACCUGAAGUUGGUUCAUGUCGAGCCAUCCGAAUCGCCAAGGAAUAUGAUGGAGAUGGUACCAGAACCAUUGGUGUAAUUAGUAAAAUAGAUCAAGCUGCAUCGGAUCAGAAAUCACUUGCUGCAGUUCAGGCUCUCCUGUUAAAUCAGGGGCCAUCAAGGGCAUCCGAUAUCCCAUGGGUUGCUUUAAUAGGCCAAUCAGUCUCAAUAGCAUCUGCACAAUCUGGAUCGAUUGGCUCAGAGAAUUCUUUAGAAACUGCAUGGAGAGCAGAGAGUGAAAGUCUUAAAUCCAUACUAACUGGAGCCCCACAAACUAAACUUGGGAGAAUAGCUUUGGUUGAUGCUCUGGCGCAGCAGAUUAGGAAUCGCAUGAAAGUUCGGCUUCCAAACCUCCUCUCUGGGUUACAAGGGAAGUCACAAAUAGUUCAGGAUGAGCUGGUGAGGCUUGGUGAGCAAUUGGUUCAAAGUUCCGAGGGCACCCGAGCUCUAGCCCUGGAACUUUGCCGUGAAUUUGAGGAUAAGUUCCUCCAGCAUGUUACAUCUGGGGAGGGUUCUGGUUGGAAAAUUGUUGCCAGUUUUGAGGGGAGCUUUCCAAAUAGAAUGAAGCAACUUCCUUUAGACAGACAUUUUGAUAUCAACAAUGUCAAGAGGAUUGUGUUGGAAGCAGAUGGUUAUCAGCCAUAUCUCAUAUCCCCUGAAAAGGGUUUAAGAUCCUUAAUUAAAGGUGUCUUGGAGCUUGCUAAAGAACCAUCACGGCUUUGUGUUGAUGAGGUACACCGCGUUCUGGUUGAUAUAGUUUCUGCUGCAGCAAAUGCCACACCAGGUCUUGGAAGAUACCCUCCAUUCAAGAGAGAGGUCGUGGCCAUUGCAAGUGCUGCCUUAGAUGGUUUUAAGAAUGAGGCAAAGAAAAUGGUUGUUGCACUAGUUGAUAUGGAGCGAGCUUUUGUGCCCCCCCAACAUUUCAUCCGUUUGGUGCAAAGGAGGAUGGAGAGACAGCGCCGAGAGGAGGAGCUGAAAACUCGAUCUUCAAAAAAGGGUCAAGAGGCAGAGCAGGCAACACUAAACAGAGCAACUAGUCCUCAAACAGGUGGUCAGCAAACUGGUGGAAGCUUAAAAUCAAUGAAGGAAAAACCAGGGCAGACAGAGAAAGAAGUUCAGGAGAAUUCAGGUUUAAAGACUGCAGGUCCCGAAGGAGAAAUAACAGCAGGUUUUAUAUUAAAGAAAAGUGCAAAAACUAAUGGCUGGAGCCGUCGGUGGUUUGUUUUGAACGAGAAGACCGGAAAGCUUGGUUACACCAAAAAGCAGGAGGAAAGACAUUUUCGAGGAGUCAUCACUUUGGAGGAAUGUAAUAUGGAAGAGGUAUCAGAUGAGGAAGAACCUCCAUCAAAGAGUUCAAAGGAUAAGAAGGCUAAUGGGCCAGAUUCUGGAAAAGCACCCAGUCUUGUGUUCAAGAUCACUAGCAAGGUUCCAUAUAAAACUGUUUUGAAAGCCCAUAGUGCCGUUGUAUUGAAGGCUGAGAGUAUGGCUGAUAAGAUUGAAUGGAUGAAUAAAAUAAGAAAUGUUAUUCAACCUUCUAGGGGAGGACAAGUAAAGGGUGAAGGUGGUGGUAUGCGACAAAGCCUUUCUGAUGGUUCUCUUGAUAUGAUGGCUCGAAAGCCUGCUGAUCCUGAGGAAGAGCUUCGGUGGAUGUCUCAAGAAGUACGAGGUUAUGUGGAAGCAGUCUUGAACAGUUUGGCUGCAAAUGUCCCCAAAGCAGUUGUUCUUUGCCAAGUAGAGAAAGCGAAGGAAGAUAUGCUAAAUCAGUUGUAUAGCAAUGUCAGUGCACAAAGCACAGCAAGGAUUGAGGAGUUGCUCCAGGAGGACCAGAAUGCCAAACGUAGGAGGGAGCGCUACCAGAAGCAGUCUUCUCUAAUUUCAAAACUAACGCGCCAACUUAGCAUUCAUGACAACCGAGCUUCUGCUGCCUCCAGCUGGUCUAAUGGUGGUGGGGCAGAAAGCAGCCCUAGGACUAGUGGUCCAUCUGGUGAUGACUGGAGGUCUGCAUUUGAUGCGGCUGCUAAUGGCUCUGUUGAUUAUAAUUCCUUUGGCAAUUCUUCUAGGUCUGGAUCCAAUGGUCACAGCCGACAUCACAGUGACCCGGCACAAAAUGGUGAUGUGAACUCUGGUUCAAAUUCCGGCAGCCGACGUACUCCUAAUCGGUUGCCCCCUCCUCCACCGCAGUCUGGUUCUUCAAAUUACAAAUAUUAUUAAAUGGAAUUGUAUUGUUCGACUGACUCAUGUUUUCAUUGCAUUUUUGGUGGGUGAGACAGCCCAGCCCCACUUCAUGAUCCGAACAUUUGCUCUUUUUAAAUUCUAUAUUCCUGUUAGAAUCAGUAGAUGGGGAAGAGACGAGAGAGAGAGAGAGUUUGUGUACAUAGAAGACUACAGGUCCUCAGUAUCGAGUGCUCAUGUCUUGGCCCAGUGUUAGAUGACUUGGUCAGGCGUCACAUAGAUGGAUUUCAGGGUUCACUUGAAAUCCACUUUUAUUAUAUUCUAUUCAAUAUUCUUCUUUUCAUAGAGUUUAUGUUCCCAUUUCUCUGCUCAUUUUUGGAUGCCAUAGAUGUACUUGUUUGUAUUGAUUUGGAUUUCAUGUGUACUACCCAUAUCUGAUGGCCUUGUAACAUGUGGAAUAUCUUUUCCAAGUAAAAGGGUAUAUAUUUUACUGUCUA